UCUCUCUCUCUCUCUCUCUCUCUCUCUCUCUGUCACUCUCUCUGACAAAGUGCGUCUCUUCAGACCCAUGCUUAACAUGAACCGUAUGUUCAAGUCUGCAGAGAGAGCCUGCCUGCCGGGCUCUGGUAAAGAUGUAUCCACCAGUAACGGCAUUGAAGACAGUGUCCACAGCUUCAAGGCGGCUGACCUGGUCAUUGAGCUGUCCCAGACCCACAAGGCCAAACCUGACCUGACCAAUCUGGUGUUUGGAACUGUGUUCUCUGACCACAUGUUGACCAUAGAGUGGACCAGCAAUGGAGGCUGGCAGAAGCCUCACAUCAAGCCCUUUGGUAACCUGUCUCUCCACCCGGCCUGCUCAGCCAUGCACUACGCUGUGCAGUUGUUUGAGGGUAUGAAGGCAUACCGAGAUGCUGAUGACAAAGUGCGUCUCUUCAGACCCAUGCUCAACAUGAACCGUAUGGCCAAGUCUGCAGAGAGGGCCUGCCUGCCGGCCUUUGACAGGGCAGAGUUGGUAGAGUGUAUCAGGAGGCUGGUACAGGUGGAUCUGGAGUGGGUACCCAAGUCAGACUCGGCCAGUCUCUACAUCCGACCCACUUUCCUGGGUACUGAGCCGUCUCUAGGAGUGAAGAAGCCGUCCCGUGCUCUGCUUUAUGUGAUCCUGAGUCCUGUUGGUUCCUAUUUCAGUACAGGAGCUAAGCCUGUCUCUCUCUGGGCCGACUCCAAAUACAUCAGAGCCUGGAGAGGAGGGACUGGAGACUGUAAGAUGGGAGGGAACUACGGAGCAUCUAUCUACGCCCAGUAUGAAGCAGUGGAUUAUGGGUGCCAGCAGGUCCUCUGGCUGUACGGAGACGACCAUCAAAUCACAGAGGUCGGAACCAUGAACAUGUUCCUCUUCUGGAAUAAUGAGCAUGGAGAGGAGGAGCUGGCAACGCCCCCUCUGGAUGGAAUAAUCCUACCUGGGAUCACGCGGCAGAGCAUCCUGGAACUCACCAGGAAAUGGGGGGAGUUUAAGGUGUGUGAGCGGUACCUGACCAUGGCAGACCUGCGCUGUGCUCUGAAAGAGAGCCGUGUUAAGGAGAUGUUUGGCUCUGGUACUGCGUGUGUGGUCAGUCCUGUGGGGCGCAUACUCUACCAGGGAGAGAACCUACAUAUCCCCUGCCAGGAGGAUUUUCCCCAGCUGGCCUCUAGACUGAUGAAGGAGCUCACAGAUAUACAGUACGGCCGGACCCAGAGUGACUGGUCUGUCCUCGUGUAACCAAGACACAGUGCUGUGGGUAUCUGGGACAAGCACACACAAACUGCAUAUACGCAGACACACACACACACACACACACACACACACACACACACACACACACACACACACACACACACACACACACACACACACACACACACACACACACACACACACACACACACACACACACACACACACACACACACACACACACACACACACACACACCAAAUAACCAGCCGGCAGUGUAACCUCUAUUAGUUUAGAUUGAAAUCCCAUAGGGUCAGUAGCAAUAUUAUUCCACUCUAACUCUGCUCAAGUUGUGCACGACCUCCCCAUUCACACACCCUGCCCUGCGCAGAACUGACACAGAGACGGUGCAGAUCUCAAUAGUCUGCCCUGGUGUGGCAGCCCUGCUAAAGGGCUAGCUCUAAAAUAUUACCAGCAGAAGAUUUAGAGGAGUAGCAAUGACCAGCAACUAAUGUUAAACCACUUUGACUCAAUAGACCUUUAGAAGGGUCAUGUUACGUAUGCAGAUGCUAUGUAUUUCAGUAUCGUUACAUGCAAGUGUGCGUUUGAACCCUGUCAUGUGAAAUUCUUUUUAAAUAUGGUAUUUCUAUUUUUAAUAGAGGAUUUUAGAAUUUUAUUUUGAACAAUUAUAUACAUUUUAAUGUGAGCUUAAAUGACGGAGCAAGUUUAUCAUGGAAAGCAGUUCAGUACUGCUAAAAGAGAAUGAUGAAUGAAUUCAAAAGACUGGAAAUAAGCCCUGAUAUAUCGGAGGGAGAGAGAUCCCUGACGACUGAAGCUUGGAACCGAGAGUGGUAGAAUGAUACACAAACCACUGCUAUCAAAGAAAGCACAAGGCCAAGUAGCUCUACAAGUAGUAAUGUCAUUCCACGCCAGUUGCUGUGCACGAACAAGUGUGUGGUGUUUAAUGUCAAAAUGUAUGUUAUAUCUACAAUCUGUUGAUGGUGACGUCUAAUCAAACAUAAUACUGGUCAUUUGUGUAGAGAUGUACUAUCUUGGACCAAUGUCUGUCAUUUACUGUAGACCUGUAUUGACCUAAAUUUACUGUAGACCUUGAUUGACCUCUCUCUCUAUCUGCACAAGAUCUGUUUUAUGUCAAGUUCUAUAUAUACUUAGAUGGAAGAGAUGUAUUUAUGUAAUCGAUUCAAUGCGUUAAGUGAUACAAUAUUGCCUAUUCUGUUGAUCCAAAUAAUAAAUACGCACCAGAACAUA